GCGGAGGCGCACACGGGCAGGAUUAGCUCAUCUCGGCGGCGGCUCCUCGGAAGCCUCCCCCUGCUCCGGGCGCCCUCUCCUCGUCCCCGGCCGUGCGGCCAGUCCCCAGCCGGCUCCAUGGCUCUGUGCAAUGGAGACGCCAAGCUGGAGAAUGCUGGAGAUGUUCAGGAUGGCCAAUAUCACUAUGAGGGGGCAGUGGUAAUACUCGAUGCUGGAGCUCAGUAUGGAAAAGUCAUAGAUCGUCGAAUACGAGAAUUGUUUGUCCAAUCUGAGAUCUUUCCUUUGGAGACUCCAGCCUUUGCAAUCAAGGAGCAAGGAUUCCGGGCUAUCAUCAUAUCUGGAGGACCAAACUCCGUGUAUGCGGAAGAUGCCCCUUGGUUUGACCCAGCAAUAUUUACAAUAGGCAAACCAGUUCUUGGAAUCUGCUAUGGCAUGCAGAUGAUGAAUAAGGUAUUUGGAGGUACAGUGCACAAAAAAGAUGUUAGAGAAGAUGGAGUUUUCAGCAUUACUCUGGAUAACACAUGCUCACUGUUCAGGGGCCUUCAGAAGGAGGAGUUUGUGCUCCUCACUCAUGGAGAUAGUGUAGAUAAAGUAGCUGAUGGGUUCAAAAUUGUUGCACAAUCUGGGAACAUUAUAGCAGGUAUAGCAAAUGAAUCUAAAAAACUGUAUGGAGUUCAAUUCCACCCUGAAGUUGGCCUUACAGAGAAUGGAAAAUUGAUACUGCAGAAUUUCCUCUAUGAUAUUGCUGGAUGCAGUGGUAACUUCACAGUAGAAAAUAGACAGCUUGCAUGUAUUCAAGAUAUCAAAGAGAAAGUGGGUUCAUCAAAAGUCCUGGUUUUACUCAGUGGAGGUGUGGACUCAACAGUGUGUACUGCUCUCCUGAACCAAGCUUUAAACCAAGACCAAAUCAUAGCUGUGCACAUAGAUAAUGGAUUCAUGCGCAAGAGGGAAAGUCUAUCUGUGGAGGAGGCACUCAAAAAACUUGGAAUUCAAGUCAAAGUGGUAAAUGCAGCCCAUUCAUUCUACAAUGGUACAACAACUCUGCCAAUCUCUGAUGAAGACAGAACUCCCCGAAAAAGAAUUAGCAAGACUUUAAAUAUGACUACAAGUCCUGAGGAAAAAAGAAAAAUUAUUGGUGACACCUUUGUGAAGAUUGCCAAUGAGGUAAUUGGAGAAAUGAAUCUGAAACCUGAAGAGGUCUUUCUUGCUCAGGGAACCCUAAGGCCUGAUCUCAUUGAAAGUGCAUCCCUUGUUGCAAGUGGCAAAGCUGAAGUAAUCAAAACUCAUCACAAUGACACUGAGCUGAUCAGAAAGCUGAGAGAAGAGGGUAGAGUAAUAGAGCCACUGAAGGACUUUCACAAGGAUGAAGUAAGAGUGCUAGGGAGAGAACUUGGUCUCCCAGAAGAGCUGGUCUCAAGGCAUCCAUUCCCAGGUCCUGGCCUAGCAAUCAGAGUAAUAUGUGCUGAAGAACCUUAUGUUUGCAAAGACUUCCCUGAAACUAACAACAUUUUGAAAAUAGUAGCAGAUUUUUCUGCAAGUGUUAAAAAGCCCCACACACUGUUACAAAGGGUCAAAGCAUGCACAACUGAAGAGGACCAGGAGAAGCUGAUGCAGAUCACAAGCCUACAUUCACUGAAUGCCUUCUUGCUGCCAAUCAAAACUGUGGGAGUGCAGGGUGACUGUCGCUCAUAUAGCUAUGUAUGUGGGAUCUCCAGUAAAGAUGCUCCACACUGGGAGUCUCUUACGUUUCUAUCCAGGCUCAUACCACGAAUGUGCCACAACAUUAACAGAGUUGUCUAUGUGUUCGGUCCACCAGUCAAAGAACCUCCUACAGAUGUUACACCCACUUUUCUGACAACCGGAGUCCUCAGCACUUUACGCCAAGCUGAUUUUGAGGCUCAUAAUAUUCUCAGGGAGUCUGGUUAUGCCGGAAAAAUCAGCCAGAUGCCAGUAAUUUUGACACCAUUGCAUUUUGACCGAGACCCCCUACAGAAACAACCUUCCUGCCAGAGAUCUGUGGUUAUUCGAACCUUUAUCACUAGUGACUUCAUGACAGGCAUUGCAGCAACUCCUGGCAGUGAGAUCCCAGAAGAGGUUGUUUUGAAGAUGGUGACAGAGAUUAAGAAGAUUCCUGGCAUUUCUCGGGUGAUGUAUGACUUGACAUCAAAGCCACCAGGGACUACUGAAUGGGAGUAACAAUUUGUUUUUUUUCUAUUAAAGUACUGUGUGCAGUUUAAAUUAUAUCAGAAACCAUUCCCAGUGUUGACAUGCAGUACUGUGAAAAGAGUGACUGGAGCUGCUACAUAACAUCUGAUUCCUCUCCUGGAGCAUAAAUCUGCAGUUAAGAGCUAUGUUGGGGAUAACUGUAAGUGGGGCUGAGGAUUUGUACGGGUAAAUAAUCAUGGCAGCAUUGCCUGUGCGCAGACAGAUUCAUAUUGCUUUUGCCUUUUGUCUUUACUGAUUCUUCCUGUUUUCAUGUGUUUUAUUGUUACUGUCAUUUCAAUGUCUCUGUUUUUGUACACUGUGUAAAAAGAGACAGUUUAUUUACUUUUACCAAAAUCAUUGUUACAGCCUAAAAAUGUAAAAUGAAUAAUUAAUGUGACCAACUGCUUUUGAACAGAUUUAUUAUAAAUAAAUAUUUUGCCAAAUGGAGUAGUGGG